UAUCGCCUUGGCAGGAGGGAGUGGCUUAUCUCUAUUUUUUGGUAUCGCCGGCUUUCAUCUUGUUUUUAUCUCAGGACCGCGGCGUAGAUGCAGCAGCGGAUAUAGCGCAAGGGGAUGCUUACCCUUACCUCGAUGGCCUCUUCUUCCAUAAGCCUAAUACAUCUCGUUGAUUGGCAUUGUCAAAUAUCCGAGCGUAGGCCACCUAAAGUUUACUUUGGACUAAAGCCAGGAAAAAGAAAGGUUGAAGUUUGUCCACUGAGGGCUAACUUAUGGGAUUCAAUCCGAUCUGGCUUCUUGAAGAAUAAUGUAUCCCAAGUGAUUGAGCCCCCUUCAAAAGUUGCAGAGGAGGAAUUGCCUCAGCAACAAGAGGUGGUACUGCUUGAAAGGACUCAAAAUGAUGGGACGUCUGAGCAAAUAGUAUUUUCUUCUGCAGCAGAUGUUGAUGUAUAUGAACUACAAGCCUUAUGUGAUAAGGUUGGAUGGCCACGGAGACCAUUAUCAAAAGUGGUAGCAUCUUUGAGGAAUAGCUACAUGGUUGCUACCUUGCAUUCAAUAACUACGUCUCAUGGUUCGGAUGGAAAAGAGCAAAAACAACUUAUAGGCAUGGCUCGUGCUACAUCUGAUCAUGCUUUUAAUGCUACAAUUUGGGAUGUCCUUGUUGAUCCUUCCUAUCAGGGCCAGGGUCUUGGCAAGGCACUUGUUGAACAGGUAGUACGGGCAUUACUACGGCAGGAUAUUGGCAAUAUCACAUUAUUUGCUGAUAACAAAGUUGUGGAUUUUUACAGAAACUUAGGAUUUGAAGCUGAUCCUGAUGGUAUUAAGGGCAUGUUCUGGUAUCCAAGAUAUUAGUUAGAUACAUCCCUGCUGAUGAUACAGCUUGUAUAUGGUGUAAAAUGCUGCAAGUUCUGCACCUUAUGACAAUUGAGGUGAGAUAUUGAUGUAAAUGCACCUUCUAACUUUUCAUAUAUGCUUCAUAUUUGUUUGAAAUUACAUGUUUUACCAAACUAUUAUACACUUUGCUGCCAUGAGAAUUCAAUUGCUUUUGUAUUUAUAUAUCUCAGCAUUAUUAACUCAGAAUGUCUAUUUCUUAGUUCAGACUGUAUAUUUCUUAUUUUCAGGGCGUGUAUCUCUGGUUUGAGAUCUGAUGGCUGUUGCAUUAAGUGUUUCUUUGUUUCUAGCAUGGACUGUGAAAUUUGUUAAAUUUUUAAUGAUUGUUCUUGUCAUAUAAAUACAUUUGGUUUGGUUUUCCAUUGAAAGGAGAAUUGUUUUGUAAAUAUGAAAAUUUUAAAUUUUAAUAAAGCUUGUCUUAUAAACGCA